UCAGUGCCUCAGCCAGUCAUGCAAUCACGUGAUCACAUGAGGAGGGGAAUAUGUGUUUGAACUUUGCCUCACCGCUUGAGAUUCUCAACUCUCAAUUACCUCAUUUUUUCGCCUGCUGAACGCAUGUGCAGUGUUUCAUUGCUUUUGUAGCUGUGUAACCAGAAUCCUUGCCCAGGAAGUAACAUAAUAUAUCCUUAACUGGCCACACGCAGCAGUUGGCUAACGUGACUCCGGACUUAUCAUGGCCAGCUCAUUCUUCAAGUCUUGGAGCGCACAGAGACACCAACCAUUACAAGCGAUUCCAGCGUACCUGGUGUUGAGCCUAUUGCUGCUCUCGUCACCCGUUGCAUCAAUAUGGCCGUUCCCGCCGAAAAGGUUCACGAAGAACUCCCUCAUGGAGGCGGGCUCCGCGGGCAUAAAUGACGGGGAUCGGAUAGUGGCAUUUGGGGACUUUAAUGGGGACCAAUUUUUAGAUGUCCUCUCGAUAGACUCGGACCAGCAAACUUUGUCUGUAUACCUCUGGGAUCACGAUACAUUUUCAUUUGAGAAGGUCUCAUCAAUGCGACAUCCAACACCUGUUUACAAUGUCAUCCCAGGCGACUUCACGCACGACGGCAAGCUCGAUGUGCUCGUCAUGAGCGCAAAUCCCGCCGCUUCAAAUAGGCUAGAUAUGACACUCUACACGGGUAACCACGAUGGCACAUUUGCAUCAGACCCUAUUUCCAUCCCGUCUUCGACGCUGUCAGAGCCUAUACCAGUUGACAUCAACGGAGAUAUGCAAAUUGACCUGUUGGGCACUGCCUAUUCGCAGGGGACUUAUUCCGACCCCUUCACAGUUUGGCAGAACACGUGGAAUGGGUCGCAGAGUCAACCUACGCUGUUCGAACUCAUUGACCCUCCAUUUACUGGAAACCAGUGCACGCUUGCCAAUCCUCACAGCAAUGCCGUAAUUGACCUCAAUGGUGAUUGCUUAGCAGAUAUCUUUCUGGUAUGCCAGGAUAGUUCCGGGAAGAAGUCAUUCCAGAUCUGGGUUAAUAACAAGGACUCUGGAUUUUCGCUAGCGCAGAGUGAUGUGCUGCCUUCUGGGACCCAGGGGAUAUCUUUCGCUGACGUUGACAGGGACGGUACCAUUGACAUGGUGUUUCCCUCAUGCUCAUCCGUCUCAUCAAUCGGCGUGGGCUCUGGCUGCUUCAUCAACAUCGUGUAUAAUACACAAUUACCGCUCUGUGCUUCGCCGACAUCCCCCACGACAGACAAGAAAGGAAACCGAAUAUGUCGGCGACCAGAAGAGCUGUGCACUGCUGACCCCCACUUCAAGUUCGAUCUGAGUACAGCAAGCGAUAACGACGCAUACGUACGGAUACCACUUUCCGACCUUCUUCCCUCCUCUUCCUCGAGCUCGCUUCUAGUCCUCGAUACCACGUACUCUCCGUCUAUCCCUCUGCCCAUCAAACUUGGAGACGCAAACCUUGACGGCUUUCCAGACCUCCUUCUCAUUGUCUCCAACCCUUCCGAUUUGUCGCAUACACCCAAACUAUUACUUUCCGAGCCCUGUGCCAAGGGCCUGGGGGGAUGCGACAAAAAAGGGGAGGGCAGGAGGGGUUUCCACCUCGUCACGAAGGGCGCGGAGACUUUGGAAGCUGUGAAGGAUGCACGCGGAGCGGCGUUUUUGGAUAUGGACGAGGAUGGUACGCUGGAUAUUGUUGUGCAGCGAACCGGUGACCAGAAGCAAGGUACUGUGUCGUUCGUCCAGAACAACUUUUACUACGAUGCGUUCUUUUUGAAUGCUAUAGUCCUGAAUGGAGCAUGUGACAAUGGAUGGUGUACGGAGUCAAAUGGUUCGACGUACUCCCCCUUUGGCGUGAGCUACUCGGGUGCCUCAUACAAAUACACCGUUCUCGAUACCUCUGGCCGUCGUUCCGCUGCCCAAGUCGGGCAACUCCCUCAAACUUCUUACCAUUCCCUUCUGACGCCAUAUUCCUUCUUCGGACUCGGGCGCACCAACAACUACAUCGAGAAUCUCUUUGUCGGUUCAACCAAGCACACGCAGGAACAUUUUAUUAAUAUGGAAGGUGUCAUCCCGAACUCGCGCGUCGUGAUUCACCCUUCUCUUGGUGACGGGGCAUGGCGAAGGGAGCUGUUCCUCCGGCCAGGGGCUUGGGUCCCGUGGGUGACGCUUACAGUCGUAGUCGCAACCGUCAUUUUGGCAGGGAUCGUCUUCGUUCUGCAUCUGAAUGAGAAGAGGGAGGAUGAGCUGGAACGGAGGAGGACAUCGCAUCAUAUCAAUUUUGAUGCGCUAUAAUGUCAGUGGAUAUGUUACUGUAUAAUACAUUGUAUGCACGAUCUAUUUCAUGAUAUAUUCUUCCCGUAGCUUUGAUAAAUGUGGAGAAAUAAGGCCUUUUCGCUUUCUCCUUCAUAACUUCGCUAGUAACUCCCAUUUGACAUCCUUGCCUUCACCCUCAAGCCUCUUCACCUUGCCCUCGGCCUGAAGCUUCCCAAGAUGCUGGUCCACGCUUCGCGCAGCAGGCUCCCAUAAAUUCUGCGGGUACGCAGAAUAUAUCGUAGAUACAAUUCCCCAUGUAGACC